GAGGAAAGUCAAAUCACAAAGAUAAACACGAAAGCAGCCGGAGGAAGCCUGCGUCGCUGCAACGACUUAUUUCCCAGCGAUGUCGGCGGCGCCAGCUGCGAGCGCCUUCCUGCGUCCGUCCGCGACCGCGCGGCUCACCGAUACGGCCUUGUUCGCCGAUAAUACCAACCCCACCCCGACGCGGCUCGGCAUCGGACGACGCAGGGCGGAGAGAACCUUUGCAGGCCUUCAAAUUGCAGCCUACAACUUGAACAGAUGCAAAAUUUCCCAUGUAAAAAGUGGGGAGGCUGAUGGCUAUAAAAAAACUGAAGAAGAUGAGUUAAUUGACGAAGAAACCCUUCAGCAUAAUUUGGACAGAGCUAUCGGGGAAGAAGAUUAUGCCCGUGCUGCAAAAAUCAGGGAUGAUCUGCGUAUCCUCCACGAGCACACUGAAGCUUCUGUCCUCGCAGCAAAUGGACGAUUCUACAACGCUUUCAAGAAGGGAGAUCUUGCUGCCAUGCACUCCAUCUGGGCUAAAGGUGACCACGUGUAUGUUGUACAUCCCACUGCAAGUCGGAUAUCCGGUUACGAUGUGGUCUUGCAAAGCUGGGAGAUGGUAUGCAAUGCAGAUUAUGAGUUUCCUCUAAACAUUGAUCUUAAGAACAUAGAGGUUCAUGUGCGUGGCAACCUUGGUUAUGUGACAUGCUAUGAGUUGGUUAAGACCAAAGGAAGAACCUGGGGAAAGCAAAUUGCCACCAACGUCUUUGAGAAGAUUGAUGGCAUAUGGUAUAUAUGUAUCCACCAUGCUUCACACAUUGAAGAAUGAAAUGUUGACACCUCCUGCUGAUGGGCAUGGAAUUUUGCGGAAACAACUAGUCAACAUGCAUAAGUUUGAGAUUUUCAUAGCAACUCUUGUGUACUUAUGUGGGUGUUAUGUACUAUCAUUGGUCUAUGUCCGUAGGAGAUCCGGGUUUUUUUUUAUGUCCGUCGGAGAUGCAUAGGUUCUCGAAUGAAUUUUGCGCGGUUUAUCUUUUAUAUCUGUGACCAUUGGCAUGUUGAUGUUAUGCUACAUUGGGUUGUAUAUGACUGGAUAUAUAUUAGUUGGCCAUGGACUUGACACUUGCAGGAAGUGAAAUCA